CUACAACAGACUAAAGCUCAUUCUAAAAUACUCUUUUAAUUACAAUUUUUCUACAAUGAAAAAACCGCUUCUAAACAUUGUAAUUGUUUUAUCGGUAGCCAUAGUGAUGAUAAAAUGUGAUGUAACAAAAAUCGCUGACAUCAUAGACAGUUUUAUUAACAAUAAACUCGGGCUAAAAUUCUAUCAGAAUUACUUGGACGAGGAAAGCAAUAUAAUUUAUAAAAAGAGCUUAUUGGAUAAACGAAAUAGUGAGCAAGUACUCAAUAAAUUGGUAAAAUCAGUUGAAAGAAAAUUGGAUGAAAGAAAACUAGCCCUAGGUGAUUUGAAGAGAAUUUUCAGUGAUAACUAUUAUUUAUUCUACGAAACGAAGAAUUUAAGUGAUAGUUGUAAUAUUCAAACAUCUAGGAGCGAUAAUAUAUGUAUUUUAAAAAGGAAGAAUUCGAACUUUGUUAAAACUCCACCUGUUGAGGUAACUCGUUUGAUUAAAGCUAAUUUGAGGAAAUACGAAUUUAUUAAAUCUCAAUAUAUUGGCACUGAAGAAGGUCUUAUUCUAAUAUCCUCUUCAAAUAUCCAAUGGAAAAAAGAAGAUGACCCCAGAUACCAGUCCUGGUAUGCUCAGGUAACCAAUCGCAACGGAAAGGAUAUAGUAUUAAUCUUUGAUAAUUCAGGUUUAAAUUAAGCACAAUUAAUACAUAUCAUUAAUCCUUUUUUUCUUCUAAUUAAAUACGUAGCAAAGACGGGUGAUAGAGUUCAAGGUCGAAAGAUACAAUGGUAUCAGGUUGAGGCGAUACAGACUCUAAUUAAUACUCUAACUGACAAUGAUAGAUUGUCAUUAGUUGCCAUGUCUAGUUCUAGUAUAGUUUCUCCAUUGGCUGGUGAACAUUGUAAUGGUAGUAAGUUGCACUUUGUCACACCAAACAAUAAGAAACUAUUUCACAAGUUCAUUAAUCAACUCAAUCCUCUGGGAACUACAAACUACAUUGAUGCAUUUAAUACAACUUUCUCUCUAUUUUCUUCGUCUCCUACACCUAAAGUGUCAAAUAUUGGAACUAGAGAAAAACUCAUUAUUUUCCUGACGUAUACAACACCACAUUCUGAUAUUUCAACUGUUGAACAGUUUUUUAAACAGUCCAACCUUCACCUUUCAAACAGUAUUCCUAUUUUUACGUAUGCUAUUGGCAAUAACUUCCAUAAUAAAACGCUGACAUUUUUGAAAGAAGUUUCAACCCAGAAGUUUGAAAAUACAAAAAAUACUCCCACUUCAAGACAGCAAGGAAUGUUCAAACACGUUUUGAACGCUACAGACCUAAAAUCUGAAUUGGCCAUCUACUACAAGUAUUUAGAAUCUAGUAGUCAAAAUAGAGAAACUCUUAUCACCUCCCCAGUUUAUGAUAAAUCCCAAGGUGUUUUAGUUUCGUUAUGUAGUCCUAUAUGGAUUUAUGGAUUUAUUGGGGUUGCUCGAAUUGAUGUCAGUUUUUCAGAUAUAUUUUCAGAUAUUGAAACUUUUACUAGUAGUCAACUAUCUUCUUAUCCAAUGGUAAUUGAUUCAAUGAACAGAGCGCUAUCUCAUCCUCUAUUGCCUUCGUCAAUUCAUAUUUUUAAUGAUUUGACUUAUUUAACAUUUAAUCUGCUUGAACCUCAGCUUUCAUCUAGUCAAAUUCAUCAAAUGAUAAGUUCAAAAGAAGGAUCAUUUGCAGCAGUAACGCAGCGAAUAAAAUCUCGUGGAAAUUCUUUAUACGAAGGGAUAGAUGUGGACAGCGUAGCGUCGAAUUAUUAUUGGAUUAUGACUAAAGAAUUUGGAUAUAAGAUUUGUUUUGUUGUAACUGAAAAGGAUUAUCUGUUGGAUGUUGAAUAUAAAUUUUCGGAUUAUCCAUUCGAUUAUCAUAAGAUUAGACUUGGUUGUCCAUACAGAGGUACAGUAAUUUUAAGAAAUACGAGCACUACAAAACUUGCUCCAGAGAGUUUUGUUGAUCCUUUUGAAUACUUGAACACCUUUGAGUCUUAUAGCAGGGUGCAAUCAUAUAAAAAUGUUAUAAAUGGUCACACUGAGAAUUCCUUGUUCAAAAAUCAAAUUAUUCCAUCAUUCGGUAUCAGCGAUAGACUUGAUAAAAUAUGGUCUCAAUUGGAUAAUAAUUACCAAACACCAUAUAAUUUUAAAUUUUUUGGUUCGAAAACUGGUCUAUUUAAAUCCCUACCAGGAUUUGAAUUACCCAAUAUAUUCUCCCCAACACACCAACCUUGGUACAAGAAGUCAAUGUUCUACAAGGGGAAAAUAGUAAUAUCUCCAAUUCAACGGGAUAAUAUCAAUGUCAAUUGGGUUAACACAUUGAGUCACGUGGUAUACGAAGGCCGCCGUAACAGACAACAUACAGCUGACGAUAAUACUCUUGGAGUUGUUGGAUUGGAAGUUAACAUGGGCUAUUUCUAUUACACAAUAGUUAAAUUAGUGCCGAAAUGCCAACUUGACCAAUAUAGUUGUUUAAUGAUAGAUGAGAGUGGUUUAAUGAUUAGUUAUCAAAGAGGAGCGAAAAAUCCUAAUAGUAUAAGCCAUUAUCAGCAUAUUAUUUCAUUAGAACCUAGGCUAUCAACCCAGCUCGUAUCUGCAGAAAUUCUACAGAAAAGCCAAUGCUUUAACAUCUUAACGUUUAGAUAUCAAUUGUACUGGAGAGUUACGUUUAAGAAUGACAAAUACCAAGGAAAAUUUUUUACUAUUCAAAGGAUAAGAAAUACAAAUGCACUUUUAAUAAUCAUUGAUAGAAAUGAAGAGAAGUCAUAUGAAAACCAUUGCUCAGUUUGUCAACCGGAAAUGGCAGAUUGUUUAAGAAAUGUCGAAUGCCAAUGCCCGUGCUAUAUUCCAAAGGAAAUAAACUCUUGCCAAUCAGCUCAAAAAGAUAACACUCCAAUUUGCGCUGUUGAAGUAUUGAGAAAUUUCACCAGUAAUUCCAAUGCUGCUACUGGACUAUGCGGAAGAAAACCAGAAUGUUUGGGCAACACUAAAGAGGGUUGCAAGAAAUUGAAACACUGCACAUGGUGUUAUACGAAAUAUCAUCAAAAAACUAUCCUUAGGGAAUUGAACUGCGUAAUUCCGGUGAAAUGCAAAAAAUUUUUAAGAAAAGGUGGCUCGUCAAGUAUUUGGGGUGGAAUUUCAGGUGGAAUUGCCGUUGGUUCUGUUUUCAUCACAUGUAAUAUUUGUAACUUUAUCAAAGGCUAUAUGGAAGAUAUUGUCUGGCGGCCCUCCUUAGAUAAACCACCUCAAAAUCUUCCAUAGCCAUAUCAAAUUCAUAUAAUAGACAACGACUUUUCUAUUUUGUAAACAGUUGCUGCAAUUUUCGCCGGAAUCCAGAUAAAGAGAUUAUUGUUCAAAAGGUGUAAUUCUAGAGAACCCGAAGUAUCAAAUUUGAGUGAAGGAGCAACCGGUAACGAAAUGUCAGAAAUAAGAAGAAAUGAGGAGAGAAUCAGUCCUAAAGUGAUAGAAAAUUCAAAGAUAAGAACUUUUGAAAGUAAUGAAUUACCAACAUAUGAAGAAGCUGUUGCUUAAUUUACUCAUUAUUUUCAGUAUUUUUUAAAUUAAAAAAAAUAAACUUAAAUGUACAGAAAUCCUAAUUUCAAC